AGAAUACUAAGGAUGAAAUCCUGAAGUGAGUGACAUUUGGAAAGAAGUGGCCACAGAUUCUGAUCUUCCUAGAAGGUGUGUGCACCAAUCGCUCCCAUCUAGUCACUUUUAAACUAGAGGCCUUCUGUCCAGGUGUUCCUGUGUAGCCAGUGCUGCUCAAGUACCCAAACACCCUGGACAUGGCAAUCUGGACCUGGCAGGGAUUUACAGGCAUGUAUAUUGAUCCUCAGUCAACCCUUCACCAGGGUAGAAGUUGCGUUUAUGCCUGUUUAUAUCCGAAAUGAUGAAAUAAAAAAAGACCCCAUCCUUUUUGCCAAUACAGUACGCGUCAACAUGGCAAAUGCUCUGGUGCCUGGGACAGAGCACACUUAUGAAGACUGCAGACUGAUGAUCUCCGCAGGUAACCUUCAACUACCCAUAGAAGCUGGUUUGGUGGAAUUUACAAAAAUUAGCCAGAAGUUGAAGUUAGAUAGGGAUAACAUUCAUCAGCAUUUGGAUGAAUAUGCUGCAAUUGCAGUUGCCUCAAAAGGAGGGAAGAUAGGAAUUGAAGAAUUUUCAAGUUAUUUAAAACUCCCAAUUUCAGAGCCCUUGAGACAACUUUUUGCCCUCUUUGGCAGGAAUAAUGAUGGCAGCAUAGACUUCAGAGAGUAUGUAAUAAGUCUGACUGUCCUAUGCAAUCCUGCCAACAUUGUAAAGAGUCUGCAAAUGUCCUUUAAGCUUUUUGAUCUUGAUGCGGAUGGCUUAAUAACAGAACAGGAGUUUGCUGCUAUACUUCAGGCAGCUUUUGGAGUGCCAGAUCUUGAUGUUUCCAGGCUCUUUCAGGAAAUAGCUGGACAGAAAUCAGUGUACAUUUCAUAUGAGAAAUUUAAGAAAUUUGCCCUGAAGCAUCCAGCAUAUCCCAAGUUACUUAAUUCACACCUAGACCUACAGGCAGCCUAUAUAUAUUCAUUAUCCCAAAGAGUACAGUUUUAAUCACUGUAUUCAAA